CACAGAGAGCGGCAGCACAAAGCAGAGACGCUUCUACCAGCUCGUGCUCAGACAUACCUCGCCAGGCUGAGCACAGACCAGCUCAGACACUCAGCACACACCUCCGCAGCGACAAUCCGGUGGCCGAAGCAACACUCACAAGAAGAAGAAGAAAGAAAGAAGGAAGAAGUCUAAGAAAGAAAGAGGGAAAAGAAGGAAAACUGUAAGGGAAGCAGCAACCAGGUUGUCAGGUUGAAGAGAUCCCUCCAGAGGUCCCCUGCUGACUGAUAACAAGCGCUACGUGGGAGCUUCAUGAGUGUGUGCUCAUAACCACCGCCUGUCUCCGUGUGGCACCAUGCUGUGCACUGUGCUACUUGCGCUGCUGGUGCUUCUGCUGCUGCAGACUCAGCUCUCUGUGUGCUUAAGGGACCUACGCUCCGGGGGUUCUAGUUCACAUCUUUACUCACCUUCAUCAUCGUCAUCAUCUUCCUCAUCUUACAAUGCUACCCAGCAGCGGCUGCCAGGAGCUAUUAUCAUUGGUGUGCGGAAAGGUGGCACCAGAGCGCUGCUGGAGAUGCUCAACCUGCACCCAGAUGUGGAAGUGGCAAAGGCUGAGGUGCAUUUCUUCAAUGUGGAGGAGCACUUCCGCCGUGGUCUGGCCUGGUACCGAGCCCAGAUGCCCCUCACCAUCCCCGGUCAGCUGACAGUGGAGAAGACCCCCGGUUACUUCGCAGCUCCUGAGGUUCCUGCACGAGUGUGGGAUAUGAACCCUGCCGUCCGUUUGUUAUUGAUCGUCAGGGACCCUGCAGAGAGGCUGGUCUCCGACUACACCCAAGUCCUUCACAACCGCCUGACACAGCACAAGCCCUACCAGCCACUAGAGGAGCUCCUGCUCCACAGGGGCCACAUCAACCCUGCAUACAAGGCGUUGCAGAGGAGCCUGUACCACCAGCACCUGGCCCGCUGGCUGGAGGUCUUCCCCAGGGAGCAGAUUCACGUGGUGGACGGUGAUGCCUUAAUCCGAGAUCCUUUCCCGGAGUUGAGAAAGGCAGAGACUUUUCUGGACCUGCCCCCCAGGAUAAAUCCCAACAAUUUUUACUUCAACUCCACCAAGGGCUUCUACUGCCUCCUGUCUGCAGGACAUGAUAAGUGCCUGGAUGAGUCUAAAGGCAGACCCCAUGCUCCACUGAGCGCCCAGGCUUUGAAGAAGCUUUGUCAGUUCUUCAGGAAGCCCAACAAGUUAUUCUUCGAAAUGGUGGGGAGGUCAUUUUCUUGGUGCUGAUCUAGUGAAGAGCCACAGGGAAAUUAAAGCCCCUCCUUAACAAUGCAACACAAUCAGGGGCACAGUGGAAGAAAGAAAACUUUCUUUUUGUAUGUAGACGAGCAGAAACAUUUUAGUUCAAUUAAAAGUCGUGAACAUCUUUUUUUUUAAUACCUACUCAGGUGUAAAUGAGGCCAACAAGUGCUGCACGUGGAGAGCGUGUGUAAAUUGACAUGUGGCCAACAUAAACCUUUACCGUGACCAUGCUGGUGCCUCCUCAGACACUCACAUGACGAAGCUACAACCGUGCCAUACAGGAGUUAUACACCGACAGCUUGUUUCGUGUGGGGUGUUAAAAGAAAAUGUGCAGACUUUAAAGCGACGUAGGAAAAGAUGGUUGCACUGGUGAAUUGUUGCACUAUGACCUAACUGCAUAAAAAGUCAACCAGUGGCAACUCAAGAAGAAGAAAGCAACUCCCUGCUUAGUUUUUUAAGGAGUGUAAAUGUUUUGUGUGUUUGUAAAAUAUUUUGGUUGUCCCAUUUACUUCAUUUUUUUAUUUAAUAGCUUUAGGUGCUUAGUGAGAAUAUUGGUUGUUAGCUCGUUGAAAGUAGGCACUUCAGUUUCUUUUAGCCAUAAAGGUCAAUAUGCUGUUAUUGCUAGCUUGUGUUUUUAUUUUAUUUUAUUUUUAAAUCUGUCUUUCUAAUAAAUGUCUGGAGUCUGAA